UGAAAAACAAGAUGGCGGAAGUUAUGGAUAAAACAAAGAACGAAGAUUCAAGUGCUUUGGCCAAGACUAAAACAGAAUCAGAUGUUCGCCCGCGCAAAUUAUGCGCUUACUCGCAGCGAGUUUGUAACUUGGAAAUAUUGAAGGGCUUUGACUUUUGCCACAAGCAUAUCUUGGAGGACAAAGCCAGUCCUUUCAAACCGUGUGACUUUGUAGCUAAAUCGAAUGGAAAGAGGUGUCCUAACCCGGCGCAGAAGUUGCCUGACAGGGCAAAAAGCUACCCGAUUGGUGACUUAGGAAAACGUGGAAACUGUCCUUGCUAUACCAAGGUUCUUCUGUCAAAUACAGAAUUUUCAGCGUCAUUGAUUCGUUGUGUUGAGUGUUGCAACCAUUCUAGUUUGAGUCUUUAUUAUUCCUAUUGCGAACAAUUUGGUUUAGAUGAGGAUGGUGGUGGUGGUAGUGGAGAUGAUUACCUCAAGGUGGACAGUGCCUGGCAUGGGGACAUAGACAGUGAUGCAGAUUCUGUUGACAGUGAAGAGGAGGACCCCCUGAAGCAUGCUGGUGUGUGGACAGUGGAGGAAGCUACCAGGAUGUGUCGUGAUAAGAUGAUCAGGCUGCGAUCACUGUACAUUACGCAGUUCAAGAGAUUACAGCAUGUGCUUAAAGAGAGAAGAAGGAAGUACUGUCAGGCGAUUCAAGCUGAGGAAGUGGAGGAAACAGGAGAGUGCAAUUUGACACCCACACAGCUACUUGGUCGCAAACCUCAGCAUGGGUGUCCAGGCAUUGAAGCUCUGCUGCACCGACAGGCUAAGGAGAAGAAGCAGGGUGCAAACACUCGACAGCAGGGAGUGUCCAACCUCCGCUGCACAUACUCCCCUGAAGGAAACAGAUGUACAGAAAAGGUCUUGCCACUCACCAAACAUUGUAUGAAACACAUCACACAUGAUCCAAACCAACUGCUCUUUCAGAAGUGCACAUUCCCAUCCAAAGGUGAAAGUCAAUGUGAUAGGAAUGUCCCUAAGAUCUUUACCCACUCAGCCUGCAGACUGCACGAGGAACUUCCCAAAACUAUGAAAAGGCCUGAUGUAAGCAAAGACCUCGACGAUGCUAAGGAACGAGCAAAGUUAAGGAAAGUCAGAGCGUUAGACAACAAGGAAAGUGAAGCUGAUGUCUCAGAAGCCCUUCAACAGAAGUCCAGUGCUCUGGUAGCACCAGACAUCUCUGGCCAGUCAGUUGACUCAGGACCCGUCACGGCUGAGCCUCAGCAGGCUGCUGCCACUUCAUCGCUUCCCACCACACAGAUCAGCAGCUCUCCCUCUACAACACCAGAGAAAAUGGAAAUCGACAACAACGACGAGAAGUCCGUUGUAGAUGGCAAGAACUUGCCUUCAGAUUCUGCUUCUGCUGCAGAAACAACUGUGAGCUCGAGCGGGGCUUCAGGUCCCACUCCUGGCCUUAAGCUUGCUACGGAAAGUAUCUCCCCUGGGCUGGCAGCUGCAAGCCUUGUAGCAGUUUGUAGCAGCCCACAGGUGCCGUUACAAGGCACGCCUUUGGCAAGUGUUAGUGGCGCCCAGCCGUCAUCCGUGACAGGCUCCAAGUCAUUGCCAAGUAGCGGUGAUAAAGAGGGAAGUGUUAGCAGUGCUCCUGCUGAGGGGAGCAAAGCUGAUGUGGAGCCGAAAGCGCCUGAUGUUAAACCAGUUGGUAAUUCAGCAGACGUGAAGGAGAAUGAAAAGCAAGUAAGCAUUGAUUCAAAGGCGACAGACACAUGCUCAACUGACACCAAUAACACCGCGAAUGUCUCAUCUCAGAAGCCGGCGUCUCCCGGUAAACAACCCGAUCAGUUAAAGGCAACACCAAAUGUGGUCUCUAAACCCAAGGAGGAUGCAACCCAAGUGUCAGCGUCUACUUCACUGCCUGUAUCCCAAAGUGUUACACAAGGCAUCACACAGGCGGCCUCCUCACACGGCACUUGUACACCCAGCACUUCCUCAAAAUCCGCAUCACCAGUUUUAACAAAACCCCCUCCAACAGAGGCCUCUGAGAAGGCUUCACAGGUGGUCUCAAAGGGUACCUCGCCGGGUUCAUCACCAGCUGUCCUUCAUGAGCCCCCAAAAAGCACCUCCCGAGGUACUUCACCCACUGGGCCCACUAUUGCAAAACAAACUCCAUUAGUAACCUCUGCCAGUUCAGUUCAUUCACCUCAGUCAACAACAGCCAGUUCUUCAUUAGGGCACCAACUGAAAACCGCCAGUACAAAGCCUUUGAUUACAAGCGAAACGCAUCGUGCUGCCCCCAUAAAAACCUUCCAGCACUUGCCAGCUGGGAUGACUGCAGCAAGCUCGAAGCCUUUCAGAGCAAUCACGUCAAUACCGAGCAAAGAAACGAACAAAGACACCAAAACGGAUCCAGUGAAGCCACAAGAACCAAGCACCUGAACUAAACUGUAAACUAGACGAGGGAUGUUAUUAGAGAAUGCUAUUGAAGAAAACAAAGUGAACUUCAAUCUUUGCACUUCCUGUGUUGGGGUGAAUCACGCAUUCAGGAAUUCCUUGUCGGGUUUACGUUUCAAAUCGCAGUCACAGUUGACGUUGAAAUGAAUAAUUCAUCGUUCACAACUAUCUUCGUCUCUUGUAUGCUUUUUAUACCUUUUAUAUUCGUGGCGAUUGUCUUGA